AUGCCUGACGGAAAUUGGAUCCUUGGUGACUUAUUCAAGAAAGACUAUGGACAUGCAGGCAGUAUAGAAAAGCUAUGGGAGAUGAGAUGGAAGUUUCCCUGCACUAAAGGUGUAUAUCCGUUCCAUGAUGGGAAAUAUGAGGAUUUUGAACCUAUCUUCGAUCAUUUGAUGAUCCACAACAUCAAUGACCCAUACUCGGACGACUAUACAAAUGCAUUUCUACCUACAGCAGAUGGACUUGUCAAAGAGGCAGAAUCAAUCAUACAUAAAGACAAAGCGACUGCGCGGCAACUGUAUCUUAAUGCCAACGCCGUGUAUCGACUAGCACGUUUUCCGUACAUUGGAACCGAACUGAAAAAGCAAGUCUUUGAAAAACAGAAGGAAGCCUAUCUCAAAGGCAGUCAGCUAUGGGAUAUUCCUGUCACCGAGAUCGUCGUACCUCACAAGUAUGCCGCCAAUGGCGACGGUACAGAGAUACCGCUCUAUAUUCGCAAGCCUACCGGCAACGGUCCCUUCCCGACCAUUUUGUUGAUCACUGGUCUCGAUGGUCAUCGGCCAGAUAACACAGAAAGAACAGAAGAGCAUUUGAAGCGGGGGUGGGCAACAGUAAUUUGCGACAUUCCAGGAACCACCGUUGAUUGCCCAGCCAACAAAAGAGAUCCCCUCUCUCCUGACCGACUGUUCUCCACGAUUCUAGACUGGAUCUCCACAGAGCCAUCGCUUGACGAAACAAAGAUCAUUGCCUGGGGUUUGAGCGCAGGUGGAUACUACGCAAUCCGCCUGGCACAUACCCAUCGCAACAACCUGAUCGGCUCGGUGGGACACGGCGCCGGUACUCAUCAUUACGUUGGCAGAGAAUGGCUUUCUCAGAUUGCAAAGCACGAAUAUCCCUUCGGCCUGGAACGCGCCUAUGUGACAAAAUACGGCUUUAACGAUUUCGAGGAGAUGAUGGAGAAGUGCCAGGAUGAAUUUUCGCUCGUUUCAGGAAAGGGAGAUGGUGUCGCCGUGGUUGGGAAUGGCACGAAGUCCUGUCGGCUUCUACUGAUAAACGGAGUCCUUGAUGGUUGUAUGCCUAUCGAGGACUCGAUGCUACUUGCAGAGUACGGGAGUCCGAAGGAAAUGCGAUUCAUGCAGCAAAGAUUGCAUAUGGGGUAUCCGGAGGCGAACUCUGUCGUGUAUCCUUGGAUGGAGGAAGUCAUGGCAUCGAAACAGGGUAAGGUGGCUAUGACCAACGGGCAUGGUCAUUCAGCCCAUAAAUCAUAGUCAGCAACUGUCGAGAAGUGGUAAAAAAU